AUGGAAGACAUGGCCUUGGAUCUGGAGUCGGAACCGGAAAUCGAAGUGGAGGAAGGAGAUCUGGAGGAAUUGGAGUCAGAAGUGAGGCAGAUGGCGAAGAAGAUUUCAGAGUACAGGCAAACCCUACCGGAUCAUCUCAGGAACACCCUUGAUUCUGCGCUUUCGUCUCAUCGACCCGUUUUCCCCAACUACGGUUCCGGGUCGGAUCCUCAGCCGUCGUCACGCCUCACUAUCGCAGAAACAGAAGCACCUGCUGUGUUGGGAGCUGAAGAUGUAGACUCUGGAGAGAAAAUGAUUCAGCUUAAGGAGAAACUGUCGAGGAACGCUGCGAAUAUGCCUAAAGUUGUAAAGAGAGUGCGAGAGUGUAUAGAGGGAAUCCACAAACUCGAUUCUUUGGACGGAACCAUUCACCAAGCUUUCAGAAGGCAGCGAAUUAACUACUGA